GCUCCUACAUGGUCUGGAAAGAGCUUGGAGGCUUCUCGGAAGAGGCUGUGGUUCCCCUGGGUCUCUAUACCGGGCAGCUGGCCUUGAACUGGGCAUGGCCUCCCAUCUUCUUUGGCAGCCAACAAAUGGGUUGGGCACUGGUGGACCUCCUGCUGACGGGUGGGCUGGCAGGAGCCACGGCCGUGGCCUGGCACCGGGUGAGCCCGCCGGCCGCCCGCCUGCUCUACCCAUACCUGGCCUGGCUGGCCUUCGCAGCCGCCCUCAACUACUGCGUGUGGCGGGACAACCGAAGCUGGCGCGGGGGCCGGCGGCUCGGCGAAUGAAAGUGCACCGUCCUCCGCGGACCCCAGCUGCUGCCGAUCAGAUGCUGCCCGGGGUGGCGGCCCAUGUGCUUCUGUGGCCGCCCAGCCUGCGGGGUCUGUCGGGUCUCGGCCCCGGGGGUCACCACCGGCUGCAGAGGUGCCCCAGGCCGAGCCUCUAUGCCAGGAACGGCGUCCUGUGCUUCGUCCUGUGCUUCCUGCUCCGCUCCAAGUGCGCUCUCGGAACACGGGAGGCUAGAAGCCAAAUAAAGUUUGUAACCUCCUGGCCGUGGCUUUUUCACUUGGUGGGGGGACUCCUGGCUUUGGGGAGGGAGGAGUGCUUACCCCACUGCCAGAUGUGGUCAGCGCUUCACCAGUGCUUCUCGGGUCCCUCCCAAGACCCUCUGAGAGGCGGGGUGGCCUUCCUGGAGCAGAGCAGCUCAGGUUUGGCCUGGAGCCCACACCCAGGCUCUGCUGUGUAGACUGGUGCACAGCAG